AUGCUCACUUCAUCGUUACUUGGUGGUCUUCGGGCAGCACGAACAUCUGUUGUCUUUACCAGAAACUUAGCAGCAGCCCAAAAAGCUACUGAUCCUAUUCAGCAAUUGUUUUUGGACAAAAUUAGGGAGUACAAACAGAAGAGUGCUGGAGGCAAAUUAGUAGACCCUAGCCCUGCAAUUGAAAAGGAAUUGAAAUCUGAAUUGGAAAAGCUUGAACGUCAAUUUGGUGGAGGACCCGGUGUGGACAUGACAUCUUUCCCGUCAUUCAAAUUUGAGGAGCCCAAACUGGACCCCAUUGAUGAACAGGCUGCAAAGAAG